CAAACAGGAAUUGAAGGCAACGAAGACGAUAGACGAUUUUACAAACAGAAAAACGAAACGAUUGAACGGUGAAUCGCCAAAAAAUCUCAGGGCAGUCGCAUGUAUCAUUUAAAGCCAAUUUUGCGAUAUCCCCACCACCGAGCGUGGAGAGUGAUCAUCUCCUGCCACACGCGUUUUUGGGGCAGAACGGACGCUAUGAGCUUCGCUUCAGUUAUCCACAACGGAAUUCUCGCUCCCGCGAAACCGGAUCGGGUCUUGGUGAGGAUUCCGGUGAUUCCGCCGCCGUUCCAGGCUCAUGUUUGGACCCAGUCUCGUUUCUCUCUCCUUGUCAAUGCUAGACGCUUUUCAGCUGGGAAUCGUCGUCUCGGUCAUGUUCCUCCGAUUGCGUGUUCCAGAGAGACUGAGCAGGAAGAUGAUGUUUCUUCUUCAGAGAACGAGAGGACCGGUCUUCUGCCUCGUACAGAGGCUGAUAGUGCGAAUACAUCUCACUCUUCCCCAUCAUUAGACAGCCGAGGUGGAGAUUCUCAAAUAGAAGAGACAUACAAAACAUCCUUUAAGACCGUUGCUUUAUGUGUGAGUGCUGCUGUGGUAUUUGGAAUUGGGGUAGGUUUGAAGGAUGGUCUUGGCAAGGCAUCCGAGUUCUUCGCAGGGUAUUUAUUGGAGCAAAGCUUGUCUGUGGACAACCUGUUUGUUUUUGUUCUUAUUUUCAAGUACUUCAAAGUGCCCCUCAUGUAUCAGAAUCGGGUACUUUCCUACGGUAUUUCUGGUGCAGUCAUCUUCCGAUUGUCACUGAUAUUACUAGGAACAGCUACUCUUCAGAGAUUUGAGGCAGUCAACCUACUACUUGCUGUAAUUCUUUUGUAUUCAUCGUUCAAGCUGUUUGGGAGUGAGGAAGAUGAUACAGACCUAUCAGACAAUUUCAUCGUGAAGACAUGCCGAAGAUUUAUUCCCGUCACAUCUAGUUAUGAUGGAGAUCGAUUUUUCACAAAGCAGGGUGGCAUUUGGAAAGCUACACCAUUGCUACUCACGGUUGCUGUUAUCGAGCUCAGUGACAUAGCAUUUGCUGUUGAUUCUAUACCGGCGGUUUUCGGUGUCACAAGGGAUCCUUUUAUUGUUUUCAGCUCUAAUAUCUUUGCCAUCUUAGGACUACGAUCUCUUUAUACACUGAUUUCUGAAGGAAUGGAAGAGUUGGAAUACUUGCAGCCAUCAAUAGCCAUUGUUCUCGGCUUCAUCGGGUGCAAGAUGAUACUGGAUUUCUUUGGCUUUCACAUAUCAACAGAGGCUUCACUUGGAGUUGUGGCUCUCUCUCUCAGCGCUGGAGUAUUGUUGAGCUUAACAAACAAAUCCGACAGCUGAAACAGAACACAGACGGCAAUGGUACUAAUGAACAUUUACUCUCCGAGAUCACCGGAUCUUAUGUCCUUUUUACUGACAUGUUGUUUACAUCUCACUUGCCAAUGAAUCUCUCAACUGUUCUUUCUUUUUCUUUUUUUUAAUUUCUAUUCUAUUUAUAGAUUUUGGGCUAAUGCUUCAACUCAAACUCUCGUGUUUCCCCUUAGUUAAAUGUACAGCCUUUGAGUUCUGUUCUGUUC